GGCAGUAUUUAACAAUGGCCGAGUCGCUCUCUCGUUACCAACAACGCCAGUCGCUUCAGCAUUCAUCCUGAUUGCAGGAUUCUUUACCAGCACCGAUCAACAUGCUUAAAAACACUCUUCCCGUCGUUCUUCUUGCCGGUGCGGCUUCAGCUGCUUGCCCUCUGUCGGUCUCAAUUGCGGGGUCCACUAGUCACGUUGUCAACGUCCAGAUCACCAACACUGGGAGUGAAGCGCUCCAAGUCUUCAAGGGUAACACUGUCUUCAGUGCUCACGCGACCAAGGAUCUAUUGGUAGCUGAUGCAGCUGGCAACGCCCUUCCCUUUGAAGGAGUCUUUGUCAACUACAAGAAGACUGGUCUUGGUGCCGACAAUUUCCAGAAAAUCUCGGCUGGAGAGACGGUCAUAGUAGCCGUCAAUGCAGCUAAAAGCUAUAAACUCAAGGAUGUUAAACACGCCAAAGUGUCCGCCGUGCAGGGUUUCCGUUACGCUACGGGAGAAGAGGUUCCUGUUUCCCUCGAAGGUCUCUCCGUCUGUGCGGAUAUUACAACCAGCUCAGUCGAUGUUACUCCAGACCAGAGUGUUGCAGCUGAGCAACACAUUUCGCACAAGCGCUCAGAGCCCUCUAACUCUCGCAUUCAAAAGCGCGCCAUCACCUACUCUUCAUGCUCGACGUCCCAAACAUCUACCCUGAAAACCAGCGUCUCGGACGCCAUUUCCAUGGCCGGCGCUGCUUACACCGCUGCUGGUUCUGGCGCCGACUACUUCACCACCUGGUUCAAGUCAACCUCGGUCAAGUCCAAAGUUCAGACCAUCUACACCGACGUCAAGAACGUACAGACCACCUCGCCUAAGAUCUCUUGCUCUGAUACUUACGGGGACUGUUCUGGCGGUGACGCCCUCCUCUAUACCGUCCCCAGCGCGAACGUUAUCGUUCCGUGCCCAAACAACGGUUUUUGGGAUUUCCCAGAGCUUGCAUCUGGGUGCGCCAAUGACGACUAUGACAAGGCGGGUAGUAUCUUGCAUGAGAUGACUCACUUGUACGGUACUGGAGAUUAUGGAUAUGGAUAUGUUGCGGCGCAAAAGCUGAGCGCGACUCAAGCUGCUGCGAAUGCCGAUACGUACGAGAUGUACGCUGAGAGCGUGAGGUUGGGUGGCUGCACCGUUGGUUAGACACAAAGGAGAAUUUGACAGUGUGAAUUAGAAGUAGUUCUUAACAUUUGGUACUGAGUGGUAUGAGCUCAUGAUACGAGACAGCAAUCUUCUUUUAUGACGAGGCUUCAUGUACUCUGAUCGGAGUCCAACUGUG